AUGGCAGAGGAAAAGGAGCAGAUAGGAGCCUCCUGGGAGGACCUGUCACUGCCUGAUGAUUAUCCUGAGCCAAAUGUGGAGGACAAAGCCGGGCUGAAUGAAGACACAGACAAGGAUACCUCUGCUACCACAAAGGAAAGCACCAAAGGUCACGCAAUAAAAUGCAGCCCAAAACUGCUGCACAUGCUAAAAGCGGCAGAGAGCAGGUGGACACGUCCUGGUCGGAACAGAGCCCAGCUGAAGGCAGGAGAGCUGCUUAGUGAAUCUCUGAGGACUGAUGUGCAAAUUCAGCUCAGUGACCAGAGGCAAGAAUUCAGCAAGCAUCCCAUCAAGACUAGUUGUCGCCCUCUGUCUCAGUCUAUCUCACAGUCAUCUACAGAUAGCUAUAGUUCAGUGUGCAGUGACAGCUCUGAGGAUGAGGUCUCUCCCAGAGACAAACUUCAGAAGACCUCCACGGGCCUUUCGGACUUUUGCAUCAAAAAUAUCAAACAAGCUGAUUUUGGACGCAGAGCAAUUGAAGCCGCACAGCAAGAAAUGUCAGCACUGAUGGUGCUGAGGAAAAGAGCUGGGGGUGAGAAACCUCUGGCUGGAGCUAAAGUGGUGGGCUGCACACACAUCACUGCACAGACAGCGGUCUUGAUUGAGACUUUGUCUGAGCUGGGGGCUCAGUGUCGAUGGGCAGCCUGUAACAUGUUCUCUACUCAGAACGCUGUGGCUGCUGCUUUGGCUGAAGGAGGCACCUCCGUGUAUGCGUGGAGAGGAGAAUCACAGGACGACUUCUGGUGGUGUAUUGACCAUUGUGUGUGUGCUGACACCUGGCAGCCCAACAUGAUUCUGGAUGACGGAGGCAGUCUGACCCAUCGGAUCUAUAAGAAGUACCCGAGUCUGUUCAAGAAGGUCAAAGGCAUCGUGGAAGAAAGUGUUACAGGCGUCUAUCGACUGUACCAGCUGUCAAAGGCAGGCAGUCUGUGUGUCCCAGUAAUGAAUGUUAAUGACUCUGUGACCAAGCAGAAAUUCGACAACCUUUACUGCUGCAAGGAGUCCAUACUGGAUGGGUUAAAGAGAACCACUGACAUCAUGUUUGGAGGAAAACAAGUGGUGGUAUGUGGAUAUGGUGAGGUUGGCAAAGGUUGCUCUGCUGCCCUCAAAGCAUUGUGUGCUGUUGUAUAUGUCACAGAAGUGGAUCCCAUUUGUGCACUUCAGGCCUGCAUGGAUGGCUUCAGGGUGGUUAAACUGAGUGAAGUGGUCAGACAGGUAGACCUGGUCAUCACCUGCACUGGCAGUAAAAAUGUGGUGAGAAGGGAACAUCUGGACAGAAUGAAAAACGGCUGCAUAGUCUGCAACAUGGGACACUCCAACAAUGAGUUAGACUUGGAGAGUCUGCAGACUGCAGAGCUGAGGUGGGAGCAUGUGAAGCCUCAGGUGGAUCAGGUUAUCUGGCCUAAUGGCAAGAGAAUUGUGCUGCUGGCUGAGGGUCAUUUGCUGAAUCUGAGCUGCUCUGCAGUGCCCUCAUUUGUCCUCUCCAUCACUGCUGCAACUCAGGCAUUGGCUCUCAUAGAGCUCUAUAGUGCUCCAGAGGGACGAUACAAACAGGACAUAUACCUGCUGCCGAAGAAGAUGGAUGAAUAUGUGGCCAGUCUUCACCUGCUGACAUUUGAGGCUCACCUCACAGAGCUGGCCAAUGAUCAGGCCUUAUACCUGGGCGUGAGCAAACACGGGCCCUUCAAACCCAACUACUACAGGUGA